GACUCGGUGCUCACGAAAACCAAAAAGAAAACCCUGAACCCGAAAUGGAACGAAGAGUUCAUCUUCCGGGUGAAACCGAACGAGCACAAGCUGGUAUUCCAGGUGUUCGACGAGAACCGGCUUACGCGGGACGACUUCCUCGGCAUGGUGGAACUGUCCCUCAGCCAGCUCCCGAAAGAAUCCGAGGAGGCACAGAUCCCGUGCAAAAGUUAUCCCUUGCGGCCUCGCAGUGCUCGAUCGAAGGUCCGAGGUCAGUUGGACUUGUAUCACGCCUACGUACAGGAUCAUAAUGCAGCUGCCGGUGAAACCGAUUGGGAAAUAAUAGAGUCGAAUAACUCAAUCUCAAGUAGUUCCAAUAUUGCUAGCGGCCCUGCUGAAACGCUACCCAGUGGUUGGGAAGAGCGCCAGGAUGCCAACGGACGAACCUACUACGUUAAUCAUCUUGCCCGGUCGACACAGUGGGAAAGGCCAACCGCCAUCCACAAUCAAACAUCACAGGACAACGACAUGGCAGCAGCCUUCCAGAGACGCGUUCACAUAAGCGUGGACGAUAACAUUACGGAUAACGCCAGUACCGAUAACGACUCCAACAGCUUGAUCAACGACGACGAUGAUGACGAAGAUGACGCUGAGCAGUGCGAAAGCACGGAGCGACGAAGGGCUAGCGUAUCGCGCCAGGAAACGGUCGAUUCGCAGUCGACUCCGAUUUCGGAGGAAGAAGAACGUCCUCCUUCGAUGGCGCUGCUGCCGGAAGUUGUUGAUGAGCAACUUGGGAUCGGAGAAGUGGCACUGGAUGAUGGGUUGACUAUCGGUGGUGAACCAGUGCCACCGGAAGAUGAAGUUGGCAUCGACGUGCUCAGCGUUGAUCUUGCCGAUGAAGAUCAAGAGUCAAUCAUGGCAAGCAUUAACUCUGAACAAGCCGCACUACAGCUGGAUGCGUCACUGAACAAUUCCGUUACGUCAAUUGCCACCGACGGAGGCCGAGGCGUUCCGGAAACCAUAGAGGAAGGUUCGGUGGUGCUUCGUUCCGAUUCUUUGCGAUCAUUGCCACCCGCCCGGGUCAGUUCACCACCGCAACUUCCGGCUGCCUUGGUUCGCAGUCCGAGCAGAGUUUCCUCUAUGGCCGUUCCGACGGUUGCCGGAAUCAGUCGUAGAAGAAGGCUCCCUCCCAUGGUACGCAUCAUACCGAGACAACUGACCGUCGAAACCGAGGAAGAUGAAGUUCCUCCACCCUCACCACAGGACGUUCUAAAUUUGAUUGAAAAUGAUGAGAUUUCAAAUGCAGAGGACGCUGACCAUGCCGUGCAAAGUCGAAUACUCCAACAUCUCAACGAAACCAGCCGCCGUUCCUCGAGUCGAUCGUCAAUCGGUAGUGAUAGCAGCCUUCGAGGAGCUGCGCCAAGUCCCGCAGCUCAUGGUCAUCUAUCGGGGGGUGCGGCCAACGGAAGCGGAGAAGACGAGGCCGAUAGUGGACCAGCUGAACGGCGGAGAUCUUCGAACAACAUACCCAACAACAGCCACAGCAACAACAACAAUAGUGAUCCCGGAGACGAUCGUUCCUCGACUCGAUCAUCCACCUCAAAUGAGAACGAUUCGUCUAGCAGUAGCCCGGCGGGUACGGAAGCUGUGCUACCCACCGGUUGGUCCAUGCAGCUCGCCCCCAAUGGAAGGGUGUUCUUCAUCGAUCAUAACGAGAAAAAAACUUCCUGGGUGGAUCCGAGAACAGGCCGUGCUAGUCCGAUGCCAAAUGCGGCCAGCAAUUCAACACUUAAUGAACCUCGCCGGCAGGAAGACGGUUUAGUUCCACUGCCGGAAGGCUGGGAGGAGCGAGUCCACUCAGAUGGGCGCAUUUUCUUCAUCGACCACAAUUCCCGAACGACUCAAUGGGAAGAUCCUCGGCUGUCGAUGCCGAACGUGGCCGGCCAAGCAGUCCCCUACUCGAGAGAUUACAAACGCAAAUAUGAGUUCCUGAAGGGACAGCUGAGAAAACCUGCCAACGUACCGAACAAGAUCGAGAUAAAAGUCCGACGGACGUCAAUCCUAGAAGAUUCGUACCGUAUCAUCAACUCGAUAAACAAAAUUGAACUGCUGAAGACGAAGCUGUGGAUCGAGUUCGAAGGGGAAGCCGGUCUGGAUUAUGGCGGUUUGGCCCGGGAGUGGUUCUAUCUACUGUCGAAAGAGAUGUUCAAUCCGUACUAUGGGCUGUUCGAGUACUCUGCCAUGGAUAACUACACGUUGCAGAUAAACCCUUUCAGUGGGUUGUGCAACGAGGAUCAUCUGCAUUAUUUCAAGUUCAUCGGUCGGGUUGCGGGAAUGGCCGUUUAUCAUGGCAAGCUGUUGGAUGCAUUUUUCAUUCGGCCCUUCUACAAGAUGAUGCUGCAGAAGCCAAUAGACCUGAAGGACAUGGAGGCUGUAGAUAUGGAGUACUACAACUCGCUGCUGUGGAUCAAGGAAAACGAUCCCAGUGAGUUAAUGCUCACUUUCUGCGUAGAUGAGGAAACAUUUGGUUAUACGAGUCAACGGGAACUGAAACCUAACGGUGCUAACAUUGAAGUCACGAAUGAGAAUAAAGACGAAUACAUUAAAUCGGUUAUUGAAUGGCGCUUCGUGGCCCGAGUCAAGGAUCAGAUGCAAGCCUUCCUCGAAGGCUUUGGACAAAUUGUUCCGUUAAAUUUACUGAAAAUCUUUGACGAGAACGAACUGGAACUGUUGAUGUGUGGAAUCCAGAGCAUCGAUGUGAAGGACUGGAAAAGAAAUACGCUUUACAAGGGAGAUUACUACUCAAACCAUGUGGUCAUCCAAUGGUUCUGGCGAGCCGUCCUUUCGUUUUCGAACGAAAUGCGCGCACGGUUACUGCAAUUCGUAACGGGUACCAGUCGUGUUCCGAUGAAUGGCUUCAAAGAACUGUACGGAUCCAAUGGGCCACAAAUGUUCACGAUCGAAAAGUGGGGAACUCCGGAGAAUUAUCCGAGGGCACAUACUUGUUUCAAUCGGUUGGAUCUUCCACCAUACGAGAGUUACCUGGUGCUGAAAGAUCGUCUCAUCAAAGCCAUUGAGGGCAGUCAAGGUUUCGCUGGAGUGGACUAAGCACCGAAAUAGGAAAUCUACGGUUCCAAACAUUCCCCAGCGUGACCACGAAAACCACAUGCUUCAAGAUACGUUCAAUCGAUCGCUUACUGUGUUGGUUGGAAAGCACCGCACCUCACCAACUGUUUUACUCUUUUCCCAAAUGCUGGUUAAACAAACAACAGACAGACAUGACAAUCGUGUGACAAACUCUCAAUACCAAUCCGCUAAGAAAACAAUUGGACCCAACUGUAAACGCUAAAAUCUAAUGCAACAAUAGUUUUUUUUCUUCCAGCUGCCAAAUCUAUAUAUUUGUAGAAAAUCGAAAACUAAAACCUAAUUAAGUGAGUCUCUCUUAGAUAAUCCCGUUUUAUACUUAAAAAAGCUACGGAAUCUAUCAACACUUGGUAAAUUUAGUCAAACUUUAAACCUGUAUGCUGUUAGUUUUUAUCCCAACGUCGAGUGUUGAAAUAUCGUUUUUCAUAAAACGCAUGCCUUACUACUAGUGCUCUUGUUUCCGUUUAUCUACCAAAGUUAUUAGAGAGAAUCAUGAACCCGAGAAACUAAAAAUGAUACAAAAAAUACUUUCACCUACCCGUUACUUGUUGUUAGGUAGUGUUGUGUAACCAGAAAGUAAGUCGUUGUUUGUUUGAAAAAUAUUUCAAUGUUCGCAAAAGAAAACGCACGCAAUUGCCGUUUUUAUAUUUCUAUAUUUUUACCUUUUAUCUCUCUAGAUGUUCAUCCUACGUAGAAGACAAAAUUUAAACCGCUAACUUUAAGAUACCCCUGACUGUAGCAAAGAUAUCAACCAAUCAAAACAAAGAAAGAAAAAAAGAUGAUCAUACUAUCUAGGUAUAUUAUAUUGCUACUUAAAACUCAUCAAUAUAACUACCGACCGAGUUAAUCGAAGAAAAAGAUUAUCACUACUGGUAGCUCGUGAAACACUUCAUCGUCGAAUGUUGUGAUUUUAAUUUAUUGAACAAAGAAAAACAAGCUAGGUAAACGAGCAGCUUUUGCGGUUCUCGGAAAAGAGAAGAAAAAAAAACAUAAAAAGUUAUACUUAAUGAAAACAAGGAAACAUUAAAGCGAAUUUUAUUGUUAACACGAAUGGCAAGCAAACGUUGUUGGGUUGUGUCCUGUGCAAAGUAGCAAAGGAAUUAAAUUCAAACACCAGGCACUCCCUGCUGAUAAAGUCGGUAAUCCGUGUCAGCCCGUUUGCUGCGGAACGAUAUGAUGCAAGUUAGAAAGUAAGGUGCAAACAACGGAGAGAUGAUAUAAAAUAUAAUCGAUUAUUUUCAAAGUAUUUUUAAAGUCCUGCAAGAGACAAUGUAAUACAUACACAGGAACAAUGAAGAA